AUGCGGCUUUUUGCGGCACGAAACGUGGUGCGCUUGGCACGUAGACAGAGUCAUAAGUUUCAUGGCCCAGUGUUGCAUCAAGCGCUGCUUUGGAGCGCCUUGGGACUGUCAGUGAUGGCCCUUGCUCAUGAUGAUCUUACUGACGUAAAGGCUGCAAAAUUGGAGGCUCAGUGCGACGCCCGAUACGCGCCACCUGAAGUGGACGGAGCCUUCUCCGUGCCGCUUGAGCGUGAGGAAUUCGCAUUCAUCGCCAAGUCGCGCGCUACACGAGUAAGCAGCGCAUCCUACAAGGCCAACUUCCCUAUUGAGGACAAGUACGCGGUGGAUACAACGGAGUCGGGGGACGUGUUUGCAGCCGUGCUGGAUGGCCAUGGUGGAUGGCAGGUAUCUGAGUAUGCAAGAAAGACGAUGAUUGGCAAUGUGCAGAAGGAGUUGUCUUAUCUGUACAAGCCGGGGACGAACGAGCCAGCUCAAGGCGACGAGACAACGGUCUCGGACGCGCGUGUGGCUGCUGCUAUCCAACGUGCAUUCGGACGCACAGAUCGCGACCUCAUGGCUGAGGUGGCUUCUGCUUUCAAACUUGGAUUCGGAGCUGUAGCGCGAUGCGGAUCUUGCGCAUGCUUGGCUUACGUGCAUGGAGACACCGUUCACGUUGCCAACGCUGGUGAUAUCCGCGCAGUGUUAGGAAAAGUCGGGAAUGAUGCCGAUACGAUUGUGGCUGAACCUCUCAGUAACGACCAGAAUGCCAUGGUAAAGUUCGAACAGGAAAAGCUCAUGAAGGAGCACCCGGGGGAGACAAACGUAUUCACAUGUCGCCACCCAGACUCGUGCUACGUGAAAGGCGCGCUGCAGCCCACGCGUGCUUUUGGAGACUUCUCACUCAAGCAUCCGGAGUUCAACGGCCCGCCUUACGUGAAUGGUGAUCGCACUGCUGGUCGUCACUUUUCGGCACCUUACACGCCGCCCUACAUUACUGCUAUCCCAGAGAUCAAGUCGCACAAGCUGGAAGAAGGAGACAAAUUCCUCAUUAUUGGAUCGGAUGGGCUUUGGGACUACCUCAGUAACGAAGAGGCUGUCGAGAUCGUCAAUGGACAGGUUUCAUGCGGAAAUCAUGACCUUGCUGGCCGUGCAUUGGUUGAUCGUGUGCUGCAGAAAGCGGCGAAGCGCUACGGAAUGACAUACCCGGAGUUGCUGAGCUUACCACCUGGAAGCCAUCGCCGACGUCGCCAUGAUGACACGACUGUGAUCGUUCUGUUCUUCGACUAA